ACCAGAGAGAACACUGCAAAACGCAACAGCUAUUUUCCUUUCUGAAGUCAACUUCUCCAAACUCUUGGCGGAGAGGGCUACAUUUAGUGCUGAGAAUGCACUUGAUGCAUCUAAUGCCCUUAACAGUUUUAUACUCAGAGUGGGAUCUCUUGUGCAGCAGUUUUCCAAUAUGACCAGCUUUUCUGAAUUCUGGGAUGCAGUUCAGUGGUUAAAUAGUCCAAACGCUACUAGAUCACCAACCAUGAUGUUUCAAACAAUAUCGAAGAUUGUUUGUGGGCAUUUGGAUGGAGGUGGGCUGCAAAUACCUUUCAUGAACUGGUAUGAAGAUGAUAACUACAAGGCCUUCUUUGGCAGGAAUAGCACAGAUGAGAAAAUUAUCACUUUUAACAAUUUAACAGCACCUCACUGUAAUGAUCUACUUAAGACUCUUGAAUCUUACUCUUCGAUCAUGUGGAAAAGUAUCAAGCCACUAUUUGUAGGGAAGAUACUGUACAGUCCGGAUACUCCAGCUACACUGAAGAUAAUGAAAGAGGUGAACAGAACGUUUGAGGAUCUAAGCUUGUUACAAGAGAUACGAGGAGCCUGGAAUGAAGCUGGACCCCAGAUCUGGAAGUUUAUGGAAAGUAGUCAGGAAAUCCAUCUCCUGCAAAAAAUGCUGAGGAACCCUGCUGUCGCAACACUUAUUGAUCUACAACUUAAUUCUACCUCUUGGACUGCAGAAGGUAUUGCCAACUUUCUGUCGAGCAAAACUGAAGGGAGUGAGAAUUCCAAUUACACCUGGAAACGAGCUUAUGAAGAAUUAGAUCAAGUGAUCAACUCUUUCUCCCAGGUCUUUGAGUGCAUAUCUCUGAAUAAACUAGAAGCUGUUCCGACCGAAGAGAAGUUAGUGGUCCGUGCGUUGCAGCUUCUGGAGGAAAGACAGUUCUGGGCUGGAGUUGUGUUUUUGGUUGAUGAGCCAACAGGUAGUGAGAUUCACACCCUUCAGCCCCACAUCAAAUACAAGAUUAGGAUGGACAUUGAUUAUGUCGCUCCAACCCACAAAAUCAAGGACAGGUUUUGGGACCCAGGACCUGAAGCCCUCACAAUUCGGGACCUUCAGUACAUCUGGGGAGGAUUUGUUUACAUCCAGGAUUUGGUGGAACAGGCAAUUAUUCGAGUACAGACCAAUGAACACAAGAGGACUGGACUUUAUUUACAACAGAUGCCUUAUCCAUGCUAUGUGGAUGAUGGUUUCUUGCGAGUUUUGAACCGUUCGUUGCCCCUCUUCAUGAUCCUGUCUUGGAUUUACUCAGUAGCGAUGAUAGUCAAGAGGCUGGUUCAUGAGAAGGAGGCACGGCUAAAGGAGACAAUGAAGAUGAUGGGACUGUCUAAUGGAAUUUUGUGGGUCAGCUGGUUCAUCAGUAGCUUCAUCCCUUUCCUCAUCAGUGCUGCUUUUCUCACGUUAAUCCUGAAGAAAGGAGAGAUUCUCCCAUACAGCAGUCCCUCUGUUGUAUUUGUAUUCCUUGCAACCUUUGCUGUUUCCACCAUCAUGCUGUGUUUCCUGAUCAGCACGUUCUUCUCUGGUGCAAACCUAGCAGCCGCUUGUGGUGGAAUCAUUUACUUCUCCCUCUACCUUCCAUUUGUCCUGUGUGUGGCAUGGAGAAACUCGGUCACUUUCCCACUCCAAAUAUUUGUGAGUCUGUUAUCUCCAGUUGCGUUUGGUUUUGGAUGUGAAUAUUUCUCUCUCUACGAGGAGCAAGGAAUUGGUAUCCAGUGGUUUAACCUUGUCUCCAGCCCUGUAGCGGGCGAUGCAUACAAUUUUACAACUUCAAUCAUCCUCAUGCUGUUUGAUGCUCUCCUCUAUGGCCUUGCAGCAUGGUAUAUUGAAGCAGUGUUUCCAGGUCAAUAUGGAGUUCCCAAACCCUGGUAUUUCCCUGUCCUCAGGAGUUACUGGUGUGGAGAGUUCUAUUGUAAAGAGAAUUUGUUUGAAUUCCCUGGUAACAGCAGCACUAAUAAAGUCCAUCUGGAGCAGGAACCAACACACCUCAAAUUGGGGGUGUCCAUCCAGAACCUAGUGAAGGUUUAUGGAAAUGGGAAGAAGGUGGCUAUUAAUGGACUGAGCGUUAAUUUCUAUGAGGGCCAAAUCACCUCAUUUUUGGGGCAUAAUGGAGCUGGAAAAACGACUACCAUGUCCAUCCUGACUGGAUUGUUCCCACCCACCUCUGGGACAGCAUAUAUUCUGGGCAGAAAUAUCUUCACAGAGAUGGAUACAAUCAGAAAGUCACUAGGGAUGUGUCCACAGCACAAUGUACUUUUUGACAUACUGACUGUGGAGGAGCACAUCUGGUUUUAUGGAAGGCUGAAGGGGCUGACUGAGGAGGAGGUAAAUGAAGAAAUUAAGUUGAUGAUUGAUGAUGUGGAUUUGGUGCACAAACGUAGAGAACAAACAAAAAAUCUCUCAGGUGGCAUGCAACGAAAGCUUUCAGUCGCCAUUGCAUUUGUUGGCGGGUCAAAGGUUGUUAUUUUAGAUGAACCAACUGCUGGCGUUGACCCUUACUCCCGCCGAGGAAUAUGGGAGCUCUUGCUUAAAUACAGAAAAGGCCGCACUAUAAUAUUAUCAACCCAUUACAUGGAUGAGGCGGACCUCCUCGGGGACAGAAUCGCCAUCAUCUCCCAUGGAAAGCUCUGCUGCUGUGGCUCUUCACUGUUCCUUAAAAACCAUUUAGGAACUGGCUAUUACCUGACGUUAGUGAAAAAAGAGAAUGACAAGACAACGCCAGCCAGCUCCAGCAGCACCACUAUUGGUCUGAGGAAGGAGGACAGUGAUUCUGAGAGGAGCUAUGAUACUGGGCUUGGCAGUGAACAGUGCAGUGAAACUGGUGCAUUGGAUGUAUCAACCGUCCUAGCACUAGUCCAGAAAUAUGUAUCCAAUGCACGUCUGGUGGAAGACUUUGGGCAUGAAAUGACUUUUAUUUUACCCUAUGUUGGUGCAAAAGAUGGUGCUUUUGUAGAACUCUUCCAGGAAUUGGACAGCCAUCUCUGUGAACUUGGAAUUUCCAGCUAUGGCAUCUCAGACACUAGCCUGGAAGAGAUUUUUCUUAAAGUGGCUGAAAACACUGGAGUGGACAGUGAUAUUGCAGAUGGAAAUGUUCCCAUUAAAAGAGUCAGAUGUUCACGAUCCAGUGAGCACACACUGCAGCCAGUCAGUGAGGAAGGGGAUUUUGAGCUACCUGACGCAGAACCUGAACCCAAGGAGACUGACUUUAUGCAAUGUAUGGAAGGCAGAGGUUCAUUCCAGUUACGUGGCUGGCAGCUCACCCGACAACAGUUCCAUUCCUUGUUCAUCAAGCGCUUCCUGUAUGCUCGCCGAAGUCGCAGAGGACUUUUUGCUCAGAUUGUGCUGCCUGCAUUGUUUGUGUUUAUUGCUCUGUUCUUCAGUAUGAUUGUGCCCCCAUUUGGGAAAUAUCCACCAUUAGAACUGAGUCCCUGGAUGUAUGGAGAACAGUACACUUUCAUCAGUGAUGACUUCCCAGAGGAUCCAAUCACUCACGAUCUGAUCAGUGCACUCCUCAGUGACCCUGGAUUUGGCACCAAAUGUAUGGAGAGUGAAAAGAAUGAGAGUAUGCAGUGCCAAGAUGGUGGAACUGAUUGGAUAACUCCCCAAGUUUCAGAAUCCAUCCUGAAGAUCUUUCACCGUGGUAACUGGACUAUGCAAAACCCAUCCCCUGCGUGUGUGUGCAGCUCAAAGAAGACCCAGAGGAUGUUGCCAUUAUGUGGAGAAGGAGCAGGAGGGCUCCCGCCCCCUCAGUUGCAGCGAAAUACUGGGGACAUUCUUCAGAAUCUAACUGGCAGGAAUGUAUCUGACUACCUCGUGAAAACCUACCCCCAGAUCAUUAGUAAAAGUCUGAAAACUAAGAAGUGGGUGAACGAGUUCAGGUAUGGAGGAUUCUCAUUGGGAGCACGAAGUUCCCAGGUUUUACCUUCCUUGAGUGAAGUUAAUAUCUCCACUAUUGAGAUCAGAUCACGAUUGAAUGUCACAAAGGGUAGUUCCAUGGACCGACUGCUGGGAAACAUCGGAAACUUUAUCGAGGGCUUGAACACAAAUAAUAAUGUGAAAGUCUGGUUCAACAACAAAGGCUGGCAUGCCAUGGUGAGUUUUGUGAACGUUAUGAGCAAUGCCGUGCUGAGAGCAAAUCUUCCACCAGGGAAAGAUCCCAGAAGGUUUGGGAUUACUGCAUUCAAUCACCCACUGAAUCUGACCAAAGAACAGUUCACUGAAGUCGCGCUGAUAGGUACCUCUGUUGAUUUGCUCGUCUCCAUUUGUGUCAUCUUUGCCAUGUCCUUUGUGCCAGCCAGCUUUGUUCUCUUCCUCAUUGAAGAACGUGUCAGCAAAGCCAAGCACCUUCAAUUUGUUAGUGGUGUGAAACCUGGCAUUUAUUGGCUUGCAAACUUUGCAUGGGAUAUGUGUAAUUACGCGGUGUCAGCAACACUGGUAGUGAUCAUCUUCAUCUGCUUUCAACAAAAAUCUUACGUAUCUGCCCCCAAUUUGCCAGCACUGAUCCUCCUGCUCUUCCUUUAUGGCUGGUCCAUCACUCCCCUCAUGUAUCCAGCAUCCUUUUUGUUCAGUAUCCCCAGUUCCGCCUAUGUGGCACUAACCUGUGUAAAUCUGUUCAUCGGUAUCAAUGGCAGCGUGGCCACCUUUGUCCUAGAGCUCUUCCAUGACAAGAAAUUGGAUGACGUCAAUCAAAUCCUGAAAAAGGUUUUCCUCAUUUUCCCACAUUUCUGCCUGGGCCGAGGCAUGAUCGACAUGGUGAAGAAUCAAGCUAUGGCAGAUGCGUAUGAGAGGAUUGGGGAGAAGAUGUUCACAUCUCCACUCUCCUGGGACCUGGUGGGAAAGAACCUGUUUGCCAUGGCUAUCCAGGGAAUCGUCUUCUUUCUGUUCACAAUUCUACUGCAGUACAAAUUCUUCUUCAAAAUGAGAUCUCUGUCUUUAAAACUUCCACCAUUGGAAACAGAGGACGAGGAUGUAGCCAGAGAGAGGCAAAGGGUUAUGUAUGGUGGAAGUGAUGGUGAUAUUCUAGUCAUCAAGGAUCUCACCAAAGUUUACAGAAGGAAAAAGAAACCAGCUGUGGACCGACUGUGUGUGGGAAUUCCUCCUGGAGAGUGUUUUGGACUGCUGGGGAUCAAUGGAGCUGGGAAAACAUCCACGUUUAAGAUGCUUACAGGUGACACUGAGGUCAGCAGUGGUGAGGCCUUCCUUGAUGGAUAUAGCAUUCUAUCUAACAUCCAGGACGUGCAUCAGAACAUGGGAUACUGCCCUCAGUUUGAUGCCAUCAACAAACUGCUGACAGGUCGGGAACAUGUUGAAUUCUACUCACGACUACGUGGCAUUCCUGAGCACGAGGUUGCUAAGGUCACUGAAUGGGCCAUGAAGAAACUAGGACUCUCACGCUAUGCAGACAGACCUUCUGGGACGUAUAGCGGUGGAAACAAACGGAAAUUGUCGACUGCCAUUGCACUGAUUGGAUGCCCACCAGUCAUCUUUCUGGAUGAACCUACGACAGGAAUGGAUCCCAAGGCCAGGCGGUUCCUCUGGAAUUGCAUCCUGAGUGUGAUCAGAGAAGGGAGAUCAGUGGUACUCACCUCACACAGCAUGGAGGAAUGUGAGGCUCUGUGCACAAGGAUGGCCAUCAUGGUGAAUGGACGAUUCCGUUGCCUUGGCAGUGUACAGCACUUGAAGAGCAGGUUUGGAGACGGUUACACCAUCAUCCUGAGGAUGGAUAGUACUACGCUGGACUUGUCUAAUGUUGAAGAAUUCAUGGUAUCCACGUUCCCAGGCUGUGUGUUGAAGGAAAAGCACCACAGCAUGUUGCAAUAUCAGAUACCAACAGGGUGCUGCUCCCUGGCCAAAAUCUUCAGCGCCCUCAUGACCAACAAAGAAAAACUGAAGAUUGAAGACUAUUCAGUGUCUCAAACUACAUUAGAUCAAGUAUUUGUCAAUUUUGCCAAGGACCAAAGUGAAGACUACUAUUUGAAGGACAUUUUCACACACGGACCCCAACACAAGGACACUAUGAAGCGCAUCACAAAUUUUUUAGCAGACGAAAACAUGAGAGAGAGUUCAGUAUGAUCCGGGUAUGACCAAAACCACUUCCCAUUCUGCAAUGCAAAUAGAAGCUUCCAAAUACAACAAGUUGAGGAUUGUUCCAGGACUGAACCAUUUGUCACUAGACGAUCAACAAUCAAUUCCUCAACUACAAACAUUUCUUCCGUGCCCCGGUUUCAAGUUACCAUUAAUUACCUUCUCAACCUUAAAUCUUUCUGGAUUUGUAUGAACAAUGGUUCAAAUGUACAAACUGAUUUAUUUAUACAGUUUCUUUACAACUUUCAGUACAUAUUUGGAUUUUUUUUAGCUGUUGCAGCUGAAGUACUUAGUUGACAGUUUUGUCUGGAAUUUUCUGAAACAGAAAAAAAAUGAAAAAUAUCAUGACAAUACAUUGCAGUACACUUCCACUUAUCCCUCUUAAUGGGUCUGCCCUACCAGAGGAAGCCAUAGUAUUUUGCUUAUUUGAUGAUGAGGGGCAUUAUAUUGCUAGAUGUGGAGGGAGAGUGAGAAAUCCAGGGUUAACGGCUUUUUUAAAAAUACAUUGCAUAAGGUAUGGCCUAAGGAUCAGAUUGGCACAUUACACUGGAAGCAUUUGAGAUUCUCUCCAUUCUUUACCCGUACUGAUAUAAAAUGAAUUAUAGGUAUCAGUCUUAUCUACAUAAGCCCCUCCCCAAUUGUUAACAUCACUAUCCCAAAAUCAGGAUUUUGUUCAGUUUGUGUGCAUCUAAUUUUCAUGUACUCAGUGUAAGUGAACCAGGGUGGCUCUUACACUGAACAAAAUGCAACCACUGCUGUCUCACUUCUGACUUAGAAGGUUUGUGGGUUUGUGUCCCAAUUCAGGGACUCACAGUGCACACAGGCUUACAAUUCUUGCUGUUCUGAAAUUUAAAAAACAAUUUUUUAAAGCAAUAAACAAAUUAAUUCUUUCUCUUAAAGCACCUUUUUUUAAAAUAAAAUCUCUGUUUACAGUUCAGGUCUGAUAUAUAAGCACUACCUGACCAGUGCAAUUUUGACAACCAGGCACGUGUCUUAUACUUAUGAUGUUUAAAAUCACUGUGUCUUGUACCUUUUCUAGCAUUGUUGGUGGGUGUGCACCUUUCAUGCUGAGUCCAGAUAUUUAUUUAAUCUCUGGGUUUUACUUGCAGGAUCUGAGCUGAUUUGUUUUAAGAAUAAUUGCAGGAGUAUUUCCAGCAUGGAUUUCUGCACCAGGGAGCUUCCCCUACACAAUGAACUAAGUCAUUGUCAGGGCUGCCCUAAGCACAGGCAGAAAGUGCCACCUCUCUCCCAGUGAAUGAAGAUCCUUCAUACACAACAUUUGUUAACAUCUUCCUUAUCAGCUAGUUGGAUUGGAUCUCCAGUGCAUUACUAAUGAAAUGUCAAACCAAAUCCUCACUCUAAUAUUUAAUUUAAGUCCAAUGCUGUGACUGCAAGGUUAUUUUCUAAAUGUAUACAUAAAACAGAGAACAUAUGGAGCUGCAGUGGACAGUUAGCCAUUGGUCACAAUUGGCUGUAAUGGUUACUCUUGCUGUCAGCCUUAAUGUGGGCUUGAAAGAUAAAUGGAAGUUUCAUCAGUUACAAAGAAUUUCCAUUUCUGUUACACAUCAAUGAAAAAUGUCUGACUGGGAAAUAAAUGGUCCAUCUCUGUGCCUUGCAUCU